GUUGAAUUCGACAAACGUUUCGAAUAUGUCGAACCGUAUACGGAAAACAGACUUCUCACAGCAACGAUAAAAUAUUUCUCUAGAUUCACUAGACCGUUCACAAGUUUACAUUUAUUUUGGACAACGCUAUUCUCGUUUGUACCUAUUUUGCACUGGCUUCCCAGGUACGACAUAAAAAAUAACUUACUUAACGACGUAGUUGGAGGCGUUAUGGUAGGUAUCAUGCACGUACCACAAGGUAUAGCCUAUGCCUUCCUUGCUGGUGUCCAUCCUGUGGUCGGUCUUUACACCUCAUUCUUUCCCGUGCUCACUUAUAUGUUAUUCGGAAAUUCUCGUCACAAUUCACUCGGCUCUUUUGCCGUCGUUGCUUUAAUGUCCGGACGAACUGUUUAUCGGCUUUCCCACAAAUCUGAGAACAUAAGUACGAUGGUGUCGAAUACGUCUGCAGCAACUGAGCCCAGCUUCCAAGCUAUCGAAGUGGCUUCUGCUCUCACCUUAGCUAUCGGACUAGUCCAGCUUAUGAUAGCCGUGCUUGGGCUUGAUUUUCUCACAACGUACUUCUCCGAACAGAUUGUCGCCGGCUUUACUACUGGUGCCGCUGUGCAUGUGUUCGUGACUCAAUUGAAAGACAUCACAGGGAUUUACGGCACACCAAGACGUGAUGGUAUAGGAAAUGCGAUGUUGGUACGUGGUAGGUUGCCGCUACCAUCGCUUCCCCGCUUCGCGAUUUUACCACAUCUCAUUAAAGAAGCUGUUCCCAUUGCCAUUGUUAUCGUAGCAGUUCAUAUUUCGAUGGCAAAAUUGUUAGCUAAACAGAAUAACUACUCGAUUGAUAGUAAACAGGAGGUUUAUGCUAUUGGGUUCACGUCGUCAAUUGCUAGUCUUUUUCCAGUAUACCCAAAUUCGUGUUCCCUUGCUAGAACGAUGGUGAACGCGUCAGCCGGAACAAAGACCCAG